CGGAAAUGUCACCACGGCUUUGUUUGCUUUGAUUUUCUGAGAGCUGAGCAUCAUCCCCCGUGUACCCAGGGCAGUUAAAUUCGUCUCCAAACUCCGCUUCCCCUUUCUGCCCAAGUUCUUGUCUCUCUCAAACGCUGCAUCACCUUCGCUGCUCGGUGCGCAGAGACAUCUUCCAAUACAGGCCCUCCCUCUUCUCCUUCAUCCUCCUCCCACCGUCUACCUUGCGUUGGAUAUCUGCCUCUGUCUCUGCCCGUCCUAUCUCAGAGUACCGGAGCCGAGUUCAAAGACAGACCAUGGCUGGUAACAAGCACCCAAGCAUCACGGAUAUGCGCCAGCUGGAGAUAGCUAUGUGUUGUAAUGGGGAUGGCAACCAGCACGUUGAUUGGUACCACUUCACGUCGAAUGAUGAAGCCUAUUUCGGAUCCUCUAAGAAGCGCCAGUGCGACAUUAUGCUCGAGGAGUUCGUCGACGGGCUCGAACGCAUCGACGACGACUCCAUUUACCCUGAGCUUCCCCAGAACGCCCAUAUUACCACUGCCCCCGACAAGCUGGAUGACGGCGCUGUCUACGUCAAGCGCUCAGGCCUGAGGCGAUACAAGGUCGACGAACCGGACGAUUGCGGCGCCAAGCAACAAAUGCUCAUGGAGGCCCUCAUCAUGGAGGAGAUCUCCAAGACACCGCAUCCCUACAUCGUUCGCUAUUACGGCUGCAAGGUCCACCGCGGCCGCAUCACGGGGAUUGCGCUGGAGAAACUGGGGCGUACGUUGGACAUGUGCGCCUACAAGAUGUCCGUCGGGGACGACGAUGAUAACGACGAGUCUAGAACCAAGUUCGAGGAUCUCGACAAGGAGGCUUUCCUGGCGGGCGUCGAGUCGGCCAUCAAGUUCCUGCACUCGCUGGGCCUGGCGCACAACGACAUCAGCCCUGCCAACAUCAUGCUCCGCGAGGCCGACGACGGCUCCUGCAUGCCCGUGCUGAUCGACUUUGACUCGUGCGCGCCGUUUGGCGAACGCCUCAUGACAUUCGGCACCGCCGGAUUCAGUGACGAGGACGACAAGGAGUGGGGAAUCUCGCACAAGAAGCACGAUGAGUUCGCCCUCCAACGCCUGCGCGAGUGGUGGGACAAAGAUCGCACCUUUGAAACGCACCCCGCCUUGUUCGCAGUCAACCAGAACAGGGAGGACUAGGAUGGGGGCAGGUUGUUGCUAUUGUUUCUCGUCCGCUUUAUCUUUCUUGUCUCGCGCUUUAGUUGUUCCCUACCUAGAUACCGAGAUCAACAUAGCAAUGUCUUUUCUUGUCUCUGCCCGGUUCCCGGUUCCCAUCCCCGACACAAGUCUGAACCUGCCCUCUGCUAGGAAGUCCAAGUAAAGCGUAUGAUCCGGUCUUUUGAUGCGGAGCGUUGGAUCCCUAGGGUUGAGGACCUCAGUGCAGUCAAGAGCGAACCAGUUACGUAGGUAGCUACUAAGGUGCCCUAUAGGCUACACCAGAACAAAGCAAGCCCCGUUCGUGACGUCAACUAGAUUCGACCGCUUUCUCUCCUCUCGAUCUUAAACACCACUACCACUACCACCACCAC